CAACUUCCCCGACAGCAUCUAUCUUGGUGCUUAUUGUUGGCGAAGCUUUAUCUGUCUUGUAUGUGCAGGUCGUGCUGUGUCCUCUCUUGAUGAAUCGGGACAAGGCUGCCUUCUAGGCUCUCUUCUACCCACGCGCAACUUGUAUUAUCUCAACUUCUCGGGUCUCUGGCCUUAUCCAUCUCCUCUCAGCUAAUCCUAAACCUCGUGGAGUAAUAUCAUUUGGAUUUUUAUCUAAUCAUCAUGGAUCCCGAUGAGGCUCCUCCACCUUAUGCCCCCGUUGACCCGCUGUUGUCAGCCAAUGCCAACAGCAAUGCCAUUUCACCCAUCAACUCUCAGCAGCCGUCUAUGCAAUUGCGCGGUGGUGAAGCUCCGAUUCCAUACGCUUAUUCCGACGUCUCAAGCACAUUCUCAGCAGGCCAUUCGUCGUUAUCAUCUGUAUCGCCAGUCAAUUAUCUUUCAGCAGUUGGCGCCGUCGAAGAACGCCCGCCUCCAGCGUUCCAAGAGCGCGAUGUCCUGCAGCACCAUUUGACCAUCUAUCCCAAGACGCAGGCCAAGGACUUUCCUCGCCGACCGCGCUGCUGGAACGCAGUAGCAGAUGAGAUCUCUCAGCAGGAUUGGGAUACGUUCCUGAACUUCCUGUUUCCUCCACAUCUAGCACCUGCAGCAACGUCUGAUCUUCUUUCUCCCAGACUCCGAGCGGAGAUCCAGCGGGAUCGAAAGGACCGUCCCCAGGAGACAGAUGAUGAGCGCAAGUUACGCAUUGCGGCCGUGAUUUCGGAGUGGAAUCAGCGCUUCUUCUUACCGCGUGGUACUCAGAUCUCGUGGAUAUAUGUGGCAGAUCUCGAAUCGGCUCCUUCUUCUCCGUUGUGUCCGAGAUGCUAUCCAGCUGCGACUUCGGCGUCGCAGAAUCGCAGAACUGCUCGCUCGAGGUCCGUGGAGACGCUGGUACCGCCGUCGCAGAUAGAGGGUCCUUCGCAGUUAGAUCCUAGCCAGACUCCUAUGGAAGCAAGUGAUAUUGCAACAAACAACAGAGUCGAGUUUCAGACUCCACCCUGCAUUUCUUCUGCAAUCAAAUCCCUUGCCCCAUGGGGCCUGUUUCCUGGAGCUUCAGCUUCUGGCUGGUCCAGGGCAACACCUGCCGACCAGUAUCGAUGGCCUUCUCCAGCAUGGCCUGUCGGUCCUCAGACCGGUCCCAGCCAACACCGGGGCGUCGCCGGGCCUUUGGGCUGGAUAGCCGACAUUAGUAUGAAUGCCACCAGAUUUGCAGAGCACGUCAGCAUACAGGCUGAGGAGUGUGGAAGGCGUAUCGAAGAGCAGGCCAUGGCUCACGGACGAUGGCUCGAGGAGCAGGCUAGAAGCCGUGGCAGACAAAUCGAGGAGAUGGGCCAGUCAUUUGCUGGCAUUGGUAGUCGAGCAUCAGCUCCGUGUGAAUGGGGUCAUGGGCCUUGCAGUCUCUCAUGGGGCCAGAGGGGUCAGUGGGGGGAGGAUAGAGGCCGCGGGCGGAGGAAUAGGCGUCGUGGACGCAGUUCCUCGACCGAUUCUUCGUCUUCAGCUUCAUCAUUCUCCUCGAUCGACACCAUCUCCACUACUUCGGACUUGGAAGUGACUGAUCUCUCCUCAGUCCGCGCGCAACUCUCCUCCCUGAACGGCCAUCAUCACCGUGAUUCUUAUGCUGCUGCUCUCCGACUAAGACAUCACCUCCAAGCUCUCCAGCAAUUACGCCGUCAUGCUCGCUUCAACGGAAGCCGAGGAGGAGGAUUUGGCAUGAACGCCUGCUGGGGAGGACAUUGGGGAAAUUCACGCGGCUUUAGAGGUCGAGGACGGCCUUUCGGCACCCAACACCACGGCCUCAGACGCGCUCCAUGGGAGGCCCCCAUCGAGCUGCAGGAUAGUCCAGCGCAACGUCGAGCCCUCAAGGAGGAAAAGAAAGCCGUUGAGAAAGCAUUCCGGGAUAUAGUCCGUCGUGCAAGAGACGAAGCAAGAGAGACACGACGAAAUCGGCGCAGUGGAGGACGACGUGAAAGACGACGGGGUCAUAGACAGCAGCCAACUGUCCAACCUUACCCAGCAUCUAAUGCUACGAAUAUCACCUCUCCCGACUCUUCUAUCUCGUUCGCUACUCGGGCUUUAUCCUCCCUUACUCUCUCUGAUGCAGAAAGCCGCUCUAGGACAUAAGAGUACAAUAUCCAGAAUUCAAAAAGGCAACAAGAUCAGCAGCAAACUAAUCCGGAACAACGACCGGGCUUAGAUCAAGAUCAAAAGACCUCGAGACAGCCAUGGCCUCGAGCGGAGCGGAAACGACAGCGGAAAGGAAAGUCUUCAUCCAACAUUCCCGUCGGUCGUCCCUUGGGACAAAACGAGCCUGUGACAAGAAGAUAGCAAUGCAAAGUGCCAUGGGACUAAAUAAUAACCGCUAGGUACUUUGUACUGUACUUUGUCCCCGUCUAUAUGCGUUUCACUUUUUUUCUCCUCUCAUUCCAUGGAGUCAGCCAAAAGGAUUAUUUAUUGGUUUAUAGCGGAACGGUAUAAAUUAUAUUAUGGAUUUUAAUGAAUGAAUUUGACAAAUGAAUUGUCUACUCUCACUCUCACUUAUAUAUGGCUUCUUCUAUUCCGAACGUAGGCACAUAGUUAUCGUUCAUAGGUUAUCUCGUGGCUUAGUUAGUGAGUUCUCGUUG